CAAAGCGGCGAGCAGCAGAGAGGCAUCGCCCUAGAUAACGGUAGAAUCGUGGGCUGGUGUCGUGCUGUUUUUUCGCGAAAGUGCUUGAAAACCAAAAGAAACGUAACGAAAUCAUUCGCGAGAAGAAGAAUCGUCAUCCGAAUUAAGAUUGUUUCCUCAUGGUGUGUGAACAGCCGUCUUGAGCCAGUGAUUAUCGGUUUUUCGAGACGACCGAACAAGAGGACCGUGCCCCGAGGAGCUUUGGUGCACCCGCGCCGCGCGAGACAUUCGACCAGUGCGGAAUUUCUGAGCCAGUGAUACGUUCGUUUCGUUUUUAACUUUAUUUCGUGACUCCAUAUUACUCGGCACCAGUCCACGGAUUCUCUUCAAUUGCUUUCGAUGUGUUCGUUACGCCAACGGGACGACGAACCGAGCAGAACAGGAGUAGGAAGCGAGUAAUCGCCGGAGAAUCUCUGUAGAUUGGGAUAUAGUGGGCUGUGAACAAGGACGGAGAACGGGAAAGAGAGGGAGACAGUGUACGAAGGAGUGCGCGAGGAAGAAAGAGAGAGACGAAUAGAGUGCGACAGAAGGCCAUUAGAUUCAAGGAGUACACGGAUGUAUAUACGUCGAUUGUUCACUGAACAAAUUUAACGAAUAUUUUGAAGACGCAAGAGAAGUGGCGUUGCGUGAAUUAGCAAGAAGAGGGUGGCAAGGUUGAGCGAAGGUGCUCGACUCGAAUAUUCCUCUAGUGGCUCAUCGAUUGCGGUUCCCUUGAUUUCCUUGACGGUCUGGUGUAACUGAAAGCAAAGAGGAGCAAAACGUGGCGGAUUCGGUGACCCCUCGGCUGUGACCAGAGGCGCACAGAGGAAUUAGGGCAAGGAAAUGCGUGAAUAUAAAAUAGUAGUGUUGGGCAGUGGAGGUGUAGGCAAGUCCGCCCUCACUGUCCAGUUCGUGCAAGGAAUCUUCGUGGAGAAGUACGAUCCGACGAUCGAGGACAGUUACCGCAAACAGGUCGAGGUCGACGGUCAACAAUGUAUGUUAGAAAUCCUAGACACAGCCGGAACGGAACAAUUCACAGCUAUGAGGGACCUUUACAUGAAAAAUGGGCAGGGAUUUGUGUUAGUAUAUUCGAUAACGGCGCAAUCGACGUUCAACGACUUGCAAGAUCUCAGGGAGCAGAUUCUACGGGUGAAGGACACAGAUGACGUGCCUAUGGUGCUGGUGGGCAACAAGUGUGACUUGGAAGAUGAGAGGGUAGUGGGCAAAGACCAGGGCGUCAAUCUUGCCCGGCAAUUUAAUUGCGCAUUCAUGGAGACUUCUGCCAAAGCCAAAAUUAAUGUUAACGAUAUUUUCUAUGACCUGGUACGACAAAUAAACAAAAAAUCGCCAGAGAAGAAGAUGAAGCAGAAAAAGAAAUCGCUGUGCCUACUUCUGUAAGGUCUCUCUUUCGUGUAUCCAUCUGCUUGCUCCGAAGACGAUUCAAGUUAAUUAGGAACCACGAUAAUAUAGCCAAUUAAAUAUGAAUUAAGCACAAAAUGGAAUUUUUAUUGAAGCAAGAAUAAAUUGUAUUACAAUUCGCCAUCUCAAGAAGUUAACAAACAAACCGGAAAAUGCCCUGUAUAAAUAUCUGUUUGUACAAAAGAAAGUGCAAAAAGUACAUCCAAAGGAAAUUAUAUUCAUUAUACCGUUAAUUAUAAUUCUAUGUAUACCAAAACAUUAUGACAGAAAGAGCGAAACUACUAAAAACAAGCUCGUAAGAAGGUUUCCUCAAUGCAAUAGAUUGGCUGGUUAUGUUACAACAAUUAUUCCUUGCCUCUUCAAGAACCAUCGGAUAAUAUUCGUUCCAGAAAGCCAACGCUUUGUAAUCAAUCGCGUUGGAAUUGCUCAUAUCGAUGUUCCUAUCGAUAAUCAAGAUCCCAGGCUCUUCCUCGGUGUACGAUUCCCAUUUAACAUUACUCAGGGAUGGAUUGCCAACCCUGGCGAAACUAGCCAACAUCGUCAUCAUCACGUCAGCCAUUUUUUUGUCAGCGAAGUGCCACUGAACAGGGCUGUUAACUAAUAGGGGAAGCCCCCAGACAAAUGGUAGCUCAAACAUGUGGGGAACGCCAGCCCAUUCGGGCACAUCUUUAAUGAUAGAUUGUGUCUUGGGCCUAUAGUCGAAUCUGUAAACGAAUGCCAACUUCUCCUUGGAUACCUUAUCAGCUAAAAGAGUAAGCCCAGCUGCAAAAUUUUUCUCCGUUUGCAAGUCCAAGUAUCUGUCCCGAAGCACACCUUGAUCCUUGCUCGGCGGAUGAGGUUUAUAAAAAAAUAACACCGCCUCGGCGACCAUUUCCGGCCUCAGGUCGCAGGUACUAUUGUCUUCCGGGCUCUGGACCAAUGACACAAAUUCGUCGGUGAUUAGCAUCUCGAACUUGUUAAACGAAAGUUUACCAUCCGCGUUCUCAUUGCUUAGGGACUCUAUGUAAGCCAAUGCCUGUUCGUUGUUCGUAUAACCGACGAGUAGAGGAACAGAAUUCAAAGUGCCGCUGUCCAACGCAUCUCUUGGAUGCAUAGAUAGAAACGGUUCUGUGGAGUUAUUGGUUGUAUGAUCAACAAUAGGACCCCACGUUUCUAUUUCCGAGGAUUCACGGACCAGGAUGUUCACGUCUACUCGGCGAAGGCACUCCAUCAAAGCUGACGUGGGUUGUCGAUAACAACCAAAUUUCUCGGCGAUGAUAUCGACCACCGGCAAUUCCGUUUGCGGCGAACCCACAGAGCUUACCGCGUCUCCGCUCAUGGCAAUGGCCUUGGAGAAUUUACCUCUGCUCAGAGGGCUAACCAGGUGCAAACCCACGCUUAUGGCGCCCGAACUGUGGCCGUAUAUUAUCACGUUGGACGGAGAACCACCAAAAUUCUUGAUCUUCUUCUGAAUCCAGUCCAGUGCCGCUAUUUGAUCGAACAUGCCAUAAUUACCUGGAGCCUCCGCGUCCGUGGUUGUGAAGAAACCAAGGAUAUUGAGACGAUAAGCCACCGUGACCACCAUGAUCUGAAAGGAAAAAGAAAAAGAUCGAAUCGUUGUAGCGUGUUUAGAGAUUAGAGAUUACAAAGAGUUUUUUCGAGAAGAUGAGCGAGAGGCAAUAUUGUUAAUGGAUAGGUUAAGAGUUUUCCAAGUUACAUGUUCCUUCUUAGAGGGGGUUUUAGGAUCUUUAACUGCGAAAGAUUUAUAUUUUCUGAAUCAAUUUUUUUUUUUCCUUUCUUUCAACUUUCUGUAGACCAGAUAUUUGAAGAAAAAUUGGAGCUUUGAGAGUUUAGGAACGUGUGAAUGUUAAGUUACAAGUUAUACGAUUCAUUCUGCUUUAAACAAUAUGUUAGAUAGGAAGAUGUUUAUAAGGUAGAUUAUUAAUAUUGUCUAUAUAAGAUUUUCUAUUAUAACGUCGUUUUUACAUUGCUUUGUAAGACUAUAAAUGAAUUAGUAGUGUUAGAUAUGUUCUUAUAAUAUAGUUAGAUUAUGAGGUCUCUUGUAUUACUGUAUAAUAUAUCGUUGUAUGUUUCUAUAACAAUUUUUAAGAAUCGUUAAACGUGUUCCCUCAACAAUGAAUUCAACGUUAAUGUUUUCGUGGCCGUUGUUCCUGAAUUAACAUUUACAGCGUUACCUAAGGUAUGCAUCAUAGAUGGACCGAUUGUCUCUGCGAUUCCAAAGGUUAAAUUUAACUUUUGGUUAGCCAAAAGCACGCAAGAAACAUCCUAAUUUCCUUCGAUUUUCUGUCUUGACUUUCGUCGUUUAGCUCUUGAUUGAUCCACGAUUUGAAAUUCUUUUCCUUUAUGUACAGAAUGAUAUAAGGUCGAAACAUCAUUUGCUAAUCAUAAAAACGUCCUUCCAAAUGUAAAAAUAAUAAAACCUAGCUUGUUAAAAUGAUAUUUGCAAAAUGUAAAAAAAAAAUCACAGUCACAUUUCCUUUUUUAUUAUAAAUUAAUUUAAAUUUAGAUUUUUUAUUCUAGAUAAUUAAAAAUAUGUAAUUUUACAACUGUUUGUUAUAUUUUUGAUCAUUUUUGGAAUCGAAUUAUGUAAUAAGAAGAAAAUUAUAAUUUUAAAAACUUUUUAGAAUCUAAUCUAUGUUAAGUAACUUACUUUAUGUUUGUUAACGAAAAAUGAUGCAUCCCAUAUAGCUGGAGUGCCGGUGUUAAAAUCACCACCGUGAAACCACACCAUUACAGGCCAUCCAUCGUCUGGUCUGUUACCUAUAGGAAUCAAAAUCUACAUAAUAUAAAAUAUUUACAACACAA